UUCUUUUAGGACCUGGUGUGUUCCCUUCUUUCUUUGUGGACCUGGUGUGUUCCCUUCUUUCUUUUAGGACCUGGUGUGUUCCCUUCUUUCUUUGUGGACCUGGUGUGUUCCCUUCUUUCUUUUAGGACCUGGUGUGUUCCCUUCUCGGGUCGUGAGGUCAGUAAAGUGUCUCAAAGUGUCCUUUCUGUCCAUGUGGACUCCUCUCUCCUUCUCUUUGUGCUUCCUCUUGCAAACAAAUGGGAUCAACCUGUUGAUGGCUGCUCCUGGAUCAGUUCAGCUCUCUGUGGCCUGCAGGGAGCGCGCUCACUGAACUGAUCCAGAGUCAGUGUGUGUGUGUCUGUGUGUGUGUGCUCCUCCUCCUCCUCCUCCUCCUCCUCGGUGUAUCCGACAGCCCCGCCGUCUUUUCCUUCCAGUCCACUUCAGACCCAGCCCUCCUCCUCCUCCUCCUCCUCCUCCUCCUCCCCGGCUGUUCCCACGCCUCCGUCUUGACUCCGCACAGAUUAGUUUGAAAAAUGCGGAUUGGAUCCGUUUUCAGGCUCCGGCAGUUCGGCGACAAAGUGGACUAACGAUGCCGGGAUCGACGCUCGGAGCGCGGACACUUUUUCCUCGGGACUAACUGCACCGCGGAGCGGACGUAAACUUUUUCCCCGGGUGUCGGAGUCGCUCGGUCGGUGUGCUCCGUGAUUAUUUGCCUCCCAGUGUUUUUCCUGGUGGUUUCCCGUGGCUUCUCCUCCUCGGCGCCUCCUCCGUGCUUCGUGGACUCCUCUCGGGGGGACGGACUUCCACACUUCGGGACAAACUGACGCGUCCGUGAACGCAGCAGCAGUUCACUCGACGUUAGCUCGGACUGCGAUGAGUUUAACGCGCCACUAACGUUAUCUCAACGUUCCCCGUGUGUUCGCUUCGCCUCUGUUCGGGAGUUAAGCCGCCAACUCUCAAAGUGUGUAGCCGUGAGUGCUAGCCCGCUCCGCGGCUAACGUCCCGACAUGCCGCAGCUCACCGGAGGAAGCGGGGACGACCUGGGCGCCAGCGACGAGCUGAUCGCCUUCAAAGACGAAGGGGAGCAGGAGGAGAAGAGGAACGUGUCCUCCGGGACAGACCUGGACGAUGUCAAGUCCUCCCUGGUCAACGAGUCCGAGACCAACAACAGCAGCUCGGACUCGGAGGCAGACAGACGCCCCAAGCCCGAUCCAGAUCUGGAGAGCAGCAGGGCCAGACACAGUCAGCUGUUUGAAGAAGCGCUGAGGCGGCGGCAGGAUGCCGGCCUCUUCCAGCCCUCUCCGUAUGUCGGGUACCCGUUCUUCAUGAUCCCGGACCUGGGGAACUUCUGCAGCCCUUACCUCGCCAACGGAGCUCUCACGCCGAGCGCCAGAACGUAUCUGCCGUUUCAGUGGCCUCUGCUCGACGUCCCGGGACGAUCGUCCAUCAGAGACUCUGCUACUCCAACACACCUGUCGAACAACGUGCCGGUGGUGCAGCACCCUCAUAUGACCCACCUCCACCCGCUGCUGUCCUACAGCCCGGAGGCCUUCUCCCCUCAGCGGGCCUCUCCCGGCUUCUCUCCUGACACAGGUAUGUCGAGGACGCCUCACGCAGCCUGUUACCCCGUCUCUCCUGGAGGCGUGGCUCAGAUCACACACCCUCUGGGAUGGCUGCAGGGACAGUCCAUGUAUCCGCUCGCUGGGGGGUUCUCGCCGGCCGCUCUCGCUAUGAACGCUUCCAUGUCAAGCCUGGUGUCGGGCAGCUUCUCUUCACGCUUGGUGCCGACUCCUCAGUCGUCCAUCCCUCACCCGGCCAUCGUCCCCACAGGAGUGAAGCAGGAGCCCGGAGGCAGCAACCAGCCCGGGAAGUCGAUGGUGGACGGGCAGCAGGAGAAAGAAGACGCCAAAAAGCCUCACAUCAAAAAGCCGCUCAACGCCUUCAUGCUGUACAUGAGGGAGGAGAGGCCCAAAGUGGUGGCUCAGUGCAAAGUGAAGGAGAGCGCCACCAUCAACCAAAUCCUGGGCCAGAGGUGGCAUUCUCUGACCAAAGAGGAACAAGCCAAAUAUUACGAACUGGCUCGUAAAGAGAGACUCCUCCACUCCAAACUGUACCCGGGCUGGUCGGCCAGAGACAACUACGGAAAAAAGAAGAAGAGGAAGAGGACGAAGAGCGAGACUCAGCUCGAAGUUCCUGAAGAGGACCUCCCCCCUCAGCUGAAGAGACCUCGUGUCCCGCCUGAGGAGACGCCUCACACACACUCUCUGCUCACACAGACUGCACACACACACGCCCGCUCCCACCUGACACAGCCACACAGCAUCUCACACCUGACCCACACACACCUGUCCCAGGCCAGCCCCGCCUCCUCGCUGGACUCCCCGGCGACGCCGACCACCGCGCUGGCCUCGCCCGCCGCCCCGGCGGCGACGCACACCGAGCACACACACUACUCGUACGGCGGACACACGUCUCCGUACGGCGAGCAGCUACAGCCGCUGUCCCUCACCACCAAACCUCACCGGACGCCUCACCCUCUGAGCCGGAACACCGUCACUCCGGGACCCUCCACGCCAUCGUCCUCCUGCGACACCCCCACCUCCUCACCCCUCAUGGCGUCCUCCAGGUGUUCGCCCCCUCCUCCUCCUCUGCAGCCCUUCCUCGUCCCGCCUCUCAGCUCCGCUCACCAAUCGGCAGCGAGCUCUCACAGUGCCUUAACGCAGCCAUUCUCACUCAGAAGAACCAAUCAGCUGUGAGCUGAGUCAUCCAAUCAAAUAAAAAACAAUGAAAUGA